AUGGGUAAUACAUUUACUUAUUUCCAAAAUGAAUCAGAAAAUAAUUUACCAUCAUUUAAAAUACCAAAAAUACCAACAUUUGAAGAAAUUUCAAGUAAACUAUCAAAAGAAGGAGUAACAAAAAAAAAAUUGGAAGAAAUUUUUGAAGAAUGUUGUUUUAUGUCAAUUGAUUUCUUUUUUGAUAAAUAUAAAUCAAGUGAUUUAUUAAAAUGUUUACACCAAAAUCAAAAAGUAGAAUGGAUGUUUAAAUGUAAACAAUGUUCAAAUGAUGCAUGUGGAUAUAUUUGUUGUAAAUGUUUUUUAAAUGGUAAUCAUAUUGAAGAAGGUCAUACAUUUUCAUUGUAUGAGAGUCAAAUAAAUGAUUUUUGUGAUUGUGGUAAUGAAGAAAUAUUAAAAAAGAGUGGAUUUUGUUCAACACAUGCUGGAGUUAAUGAAAAGAGUAAAAAAGAGAUCAUUGAUAGAUUACCAUUCUUUAUAAAAAAAGAUGUUCAUAUUUUCUUUAGAUACCUUUUUCAAUAUUUACAAAACCUUACAACAUCGAUUUUGUUAGAGAAAAAUUCAGCAUCGGUUGAAGUUAUUAUUGGUUGGUUAAAAGAGAUUUGCUCAGUUUCUUCAAUAUUGGUUCAUAUCAUUGCUGAAGAAUUCACAUCAAGACAAUUGGAGAUUGGUGAAGAUUCAAAGAGUAGAUUUAAAUUGAAUGAACAUAAACCAUUGCCAUACAAAAAUGAAGCAGAAUCAAUUCAAAGACUAUGGGAGUCACAUCAUUUCUUGGGUUACAUUUUCUCAAAAGUGGCCAUAUUGGAUAAAUUCUUACCAUUGUUAUCAUUGUUGGUUGAUAAUCAUAGUACUUUUAAAGUAUCGGUUUUCGAAGAGUAUUUAAAGAAUUUCAUUACCAUUUUCGCUCCAAGGGAUAGAGCAUCGUCACGUAUUAUGCAGUUUUUGGGUAUUGUUUACAUUGAAAAUAUAAAGAUAUCAUUACCAUUUGCAACGGGUUAUUCACGUCAUAAUGUAAUCGAGUUAAUACUUCGUAGUCAUAAAACCAUCUAUGUUCCAUUGCUUUUACCAUUUUAUCAAUCAUCAAGUUCAAAAGAUAUUACCAAGGAGGUUAUGUUACAAACUGAUGUACCAGCAAUACCAAAGCUAUUGAAAGAACCAUCAGUAGUAAGAUAUUUUUGUUCUCAAAGUGAUAAAUUCAAAUUACUCUUUGAAUAUGCCAGAGAGUUACAUAAAUUCACAUCACUUCAAUUUGUUGAUCCUUCAAUUUCAACUACAAAAUUCUUAUUGGUACAAGAAUUGAAUUUGAUAGCCUCUGUAAAGAAUAUAAUGGUUACAUUGGAUGGAAUGGUGGGUGAUACUGAAUUCCGUCAAGAAAUUAUUGAUUCAAUUGCAGAGAAAUUGGUUUCAAAUAUUGGUGAAAUUAAGAAAAGACCUGUGUUUGAGAGAUGUGGUAUCAAAUUACCACAUAAGGAUUUCUUUCAAAAGUUUACCUAUGCAGAGAUACCAGUUCAUUUCCCAUUGUAUCGUAUGUUAUCAACUUUUCUAUUAAUGACUAAAAUGGAUCCAUCUUUACUCUAUACCAAAUAUGGUAUGCUUGAAUCGGAUGUCAUUGAUAUGGUCCAUACGAUCGUGUUAUUCAGAGUUUUUUAUAUCACAUAUGAUCCAACUGAAACCUUGGAGAAUUGUACCGAUAUAACAAUGACAAAUGAUUUACAUAUUUUACAAGUUGCAGUUUGUUUAUUAGGUUCAAAGAAGUUUUUAUAUUCAUUCUUCAAUGUCGUUUCAUCGAUUGAACCAACACCAAGUGCAUUCAAUGAAGCAUUCUCCAUAUUGGUUUCAUCAUUACAAAUUCGUGCAACAUUGGUACCAACUAAAAAAGUUAUUGAAUUUCAUUUGUUACAAGGAUUAUUUUCAAAUAUAUUCUUUAAAACUCAUUUCCGUUCAUUUGAUUCAGUUUUAAUGGGUGUUAGUGAAAAUGAUAUUUGUGAAACCUAUAUCAAUGAAUUGGCCGAACCAACUGGUAGAGCAUUGGAAUUGAAAGAUCAAGAUAAUUGGAAAUACUAUGACCCUUAUUAUCCACAUUUCUCUCUAACCUAUCGUAAUGCAAUUCAAAAUGGUUCAAAGAAAAGAUUUAAAAAAUAUAUGGAAUCAAAGAAAAUCCCAUCCGAAUCAAAUCCAUUACCACCAGUCUUAGAGGAGUUACCAACAGAGUUAUUGGGAUUAACUAAAAUUUUCAAUGAUCAAACUUUAAUUGAAAUCAUUUUUUGUAUAUUGGCCGAUUGUUUAUAUCCAACAUUUAUUGGUUAUGAUAAUAGUAUUGAACUUCAACCAAUUCUUAAAAUGAUCAUUUCAAAUCCACAAAUCAUUUUAAAUGAUUUCUUUUAUCUUUUAGUAUUAUCAAUUAAAUCAUUCAAAGAGAUUACUUUACCAAUUUUAACAAAAUCGGAAAUAGAUGAAAUUGUAAAUUCUGUAAUUAAUUUCUUUGAUCAUGAAAAAUUAAUUAAAACUCAAAUUUUAAUUAAUAAUUCAACUGAUCAAAAUGAAAAAGAAAAGUUAUUAAUAGAAAAUCAAGAUAAAAUUUUAGAAAAUUUAACAGAUAAUAUUAAAAUUAAUUAUGAUGAAACUACUACUACUACUACUACAACCUCAAUUGAAGAAAAAGAAAAUGUUAAUGAUAAAGAAAUAUUUGAUUCAUUAAAAGAAGAAGAAAAAGAAAAAGAAGAAGAAAAAGAAAAAGAUAAAGAGAAUGAAGAAAUUGUAGUUGAAAAAGAAAAAUUAAAAGAAUUUAGUUUUAAUGGUAAAGAUAAUGUAAUCUAUAAUUUAUUACGUGUUUAUAAUGUUGAAGUUAAAAUUGGUUUUAAAGAGAGAUUAUCAGUCUUGGAUUUACUUUUCAAAUUUUGGGAUUUAAUGACAAAUCAAACUCAGUAUUUACAAUUACGUGGAAGUUUAUUAUACAUUUUCAGUUUUUUGAAAGAAUUUGAUCCAAUCUUUCAAAAAGUAUUUGAUGAACAUAAAGUUGAUCUUGUUCACGAUGUCGAACAUUCAAAUCAAGAUGAUUUAGCUCAUAAAAAAUCAAUGGCCGAAAAGAGAUUAAAAUUAUUAGAACAAAUGAAAAAACAACAACAAUCAUUCUUUGAUGAUUUAUCAGAUCAAGAAGGGGAAGAAGAAGAAGGAAAAGGACAAGACAAUAAAAAAGAUGAAAAAGAUGAUAAAAAAGAUGAUAAAAAAGAAAAUGAAAAUAAAGAAAAUAAAGAUAAUGAAAAUAAAGAUAAUGAAAAUAAAGAUAAUGAAAAUAAAGAUAAUGAAAAAGAAUUAAAUGAUAAAUCAAAUAUUGAUGAUGGUAGAAAUGAAACAACGGUGACAACAAAAGUAAAAAUAAUUGAAGAAGUAGAAGAAGAAGAAGAAGAAGAAAAUAUAAUAAAAAUUGAAAAAGUUGAAGAAAAAGUUGAAGAAAAAGAAAAAGAAAAACAUAAACAUGAUCAUGAUCAUGAAAAUGAAGAUGAAGAUGAACAUAGUGAAUUCGAACCAUGUGUAGUUUGUAAACUUUCAGAAAAAGCUGGUAGAUUAUUUGCAAUAGCAUAUGUUGACUUAUCAUCAGUUUCUCAUCAAAAUACAAAACAAUCAAUUGAUGAAAUUAAAAUGGAUAAAUUGAAUGUUGGUUACAAUGAAAAUUAUAAAAAAUUUUUAGAGAAAUAUUAUUCAAUACUUAAACAAAAUUCAGCUAAAACCAUCCCAACUGGAGAAAAACCAGAAAGUUUUUCAGUUUAUUUAUUCUCGAAUUCAGUAUCAACCUAUGUAACUUCAUGUGGUCAUAAUAUUCAUAAGAGAUGUUUUGACAACCUUAUGAAGGGCCAACCAUUGGAUCCAUUUCUUGCAACAGCUUUCAAGUGUCCACUUUGUAAUAGACAUUCAAAUAUUACAAUUGUGUUGGGUGAGCCAAAUGAUACCAUUCAAUAUAGAUCCUAUGUUGAGGAUCUCUUUAAAAAGUUAUGUUACUAUGAUUUCGUAUCAUUGAUGAACAAAGAUUCAAUGUAUAGUAUCGAUGAAUACCUUUGGAAAUUCAUUAUUCAAAAUAUUGAAACCUUGGAAUUGAAGAGUAGAAAAACCACUCUAUACAAUGACAAUGAUCAACAGCCAGCUUACUUUUUAAUGUCAGAACAUGACUUCCAAAGAGAGCUCACCACAACUGCUCGUUUACAUAGAGUGAUUGCACAAGUUGACUUUAAACAAAAAGUUCCACAUGCAGAGUUACCAAUUAGAAAUAAUGGUAUCUUUUUCUCUGAUGCAUUCAUUGCUUCAUCCUAUUCAAUUUGGUUAUGCAAAUUUCAUCCAUCUCAAUUAUUUGAUAUCAUUUUAGAUGGUUUACAAUAUUAUAUCUUUAAAAUGGUAAUUCAUCAUUGUAUAAAGAAUAAUAUAAUGCCAACCACUGGUGAUGAAAAUACAAACCAAUACAUUUCAAAUGCUAUCAAUCUAAUCACCAAUGAAUUCAAUCGUUUAUUUUAUGGUGAAAAACCAUUAUUAGACAAUGAUAAUACAUUUAGAGAAGAGUUUAUCAAUCAAUUACUUCCAUUCGUUAGAAAAUUAUAUUUACUCUAUAUCAUUAUCUCAAGAGCAAAUCCAAAACAACCUCAACCACCGAUAUUAACAAUGGAGAAAUUAACCGAUAUUAACUAUUGUUUAAGUUGUUUCAAAUUCAAUGGUUUACUCGAUAUGGUUAAUAUAGUUUGUUCAAAAGCAAACUUUGAAAAUACUCUCAAUCAAUUCUUGAGAAAGGAUAAAAUGACCUCACAACUUUCAGCUUUUCCUCAAGUAUUUUGUAGUUUCCCACCACCUUUGAAAUAUGAUUCCUUACCAAAAUGGAUUGAUCUCCCAACUAGAUUUGUAGAUUUUAUGAAAGAUCAUCUAUUUGCUGGUCAUUGUUCAAAAUGUGGUGCUUUAUUAAAAUUGGUUUGUUUAAUGUGUGGUAAUUGUUCAUGUGAAACUUCAUCUUGCAGAAUCGAUUUAUUCUUUCACAAACCUUCUUGUUGUACUCAAUAUCCAUUGGCAUUUUACCAUGCAAUCGAUAGACCAUUUGCAAAAUCUUUCAAACUUGAACAAGGAUUUUUAAAAGCUCAAACUCCAACAUUCAUCAGCAUCUAUUUGGAUCAAAAUGGUCAUAAAAUCGCUACACCUUCAAUUCAUGCAAAAUUAUCAAAUAAGAAACUUUCCAAACUUUAUAAAUGUUGGAUUGAUUGUAGUAAUAGAAGAAAAUAUUUCAUUGAGAAAAAAUAG